GUGUCUUCUAGGACGAGAGGAAGCUGAUUACACCAAGUUUCCACUGAGUAUUCUCUCUGUGAAGACUGAAGAUGAUGAAGAGAAACCACAAGUAGACAACCUCUUAGCUCCACUAUCAGAUAGUGAGGCUGAAGACGAGGUUGAAGAACAUUUGAGCAGCGAUGCAGACUGUGAAGGUGAUAUGAGGACUCACACUGACAACAAACACUCUGAAUGCUUUACAAAGAAGAGAGGUAAAACAUGUUUGAGCUGCUCAGUUUGUGCUAAAAGCUUUUCUGUUAGAAGCAAUUUGACUAAACACAUGAGAACACACACAGGAGAAAAAACAUUUAUUUGUUCAGUUUGUGGCAAAAGCUUUUCUCGAAAUAGCUGUUUGACUCGACACAAGAGAACACACACAGGAGAAAAGACAUGUAAUUGUUCAGUUUGUGGCAAAAGCUUUUCUCAAAAUAGCUAUUGGACUAAACACAUGAGAACACACACAGGAGAAAAACCAUAUAAGUGUUCAGUGUGUGGCAAAAGCGUUUCUGUUAAAACCAAUUUGACUAAACACAUGAGAACACACACAGGUGAAAAACCAUUUAAUUGUUCAGUUUGUGGCAAAAGCUUUUCUCGAAAUAGCUGUUUGACUCGACACAAGAGAACACACACAGGAGAAAAAACAUGUAAUUGUUCAGUUUGUGGCAAAAGCUUUUCUCAAAAUAGCUAUUGGACUAAACACAUGAGAACACACACAGGUGAAAAACCAUUUAAUUGUUCAGUUUGUGGCAACAGCUUUUCUCAAAAUAGCUGUUUGACUCGACACAUGAGAACACACACAGGAGAAAAAACAUGUAAUUGUUCAGUUUGUGGCAAAGGCUUUUCUCGAAAUAGCUCUUUAACUGAGCACAUGAGAACACACAGGAGAAAAAACAUUUAAUUGUUCAUUUUGUUGCAAAAGCUUCUCUGUUAAGAGCAAUUUGACUGAACACAUGAGAACACACUCAGGUGAAAAACCAUUUAAUUGUUCAGUUUGUGGCAAAAGCUUUUCUGUUAAGAGCAAUUUGACUAAACA